AUGGAACCGGGAAAAGACCAGGCAAACGGCAGAGGGGCCACUGUGGACACAAAUGACAAAAAUCGUCGCAUUUUCAAGAUUAUCGUCAUCGGCGACUCGAACGUGGGGAAGACAUGCCUCACCUACCGUUUCUGCGGCGGGGAGUUUCCCGAGAAGACAGAGGCAACGAUUGGGGUCGAUUUCCGGGAGAAGAAUGUCACAAUAGAAGGAGAAACUAUUAAGUUACAAUUAUGGGACACAGCGGGCCAGGAGAGAUUCCGCAAGAGCAUGGUCCAGCACUACUAUCGUAAUGUUCAUGCUGUCAUCUUUGUCUAUGAUGUCACGAAAAUGAGUACAUUCGAGAGCUUGCCAACGUGGAUAGAUGAAUGCGACAGACACUCGCUAUCUCCGGAAACGCCCCGUGUCCUCGUCGGAAACAAAUGCGACAUGUCGGACAGGAAGGUGGUCACGUCGGGCAUCGCCCAGAAGUUCUCAGACGCCAACAACAUGCCAUUCUUCGAAACGUCCGCAAAGUUGGAGGAAGAGGGGGACAAGAUCACUAACAUUUUUAUGACCUUGGCACAUAAACUGAGAGACCACAAGCCUUUGAUGCCUCCAAAGUUUGAUUCCCCUGAUUCAAGAGGCAAAUCGAUCAAGCUUCGACCAAAUAAAGAUGAGAUCGACGGAGACGAAGACCUUCCGCCGGAAAGCUCCUGUGCUUGCUAG